GCUGCUCCUACUCUGGAUCCUGUGUUCGCGAUCAAUAACAAAGAAAAAUGCAGUGUGUGCGGUUAUUCAAACCACAAGUCAAAUCAGUGCCGUUUCAAAAAUUACACAUGUAAAAAAUGUAACCGGAAAGGUCAUUUGCGUAAAAUGUGCUCGCGUAAUGAAAAGGAGGUGAAGUGUAUUGAGGAAGAUCAGAAGGAUGUGGGGGAUGAUGUGCUCACAGGCUAGAUAUUACAAAGGCAAACCCAGGCCAGGCUUCGCGGUAGACGAAACAGUAUGGAUAACGAGACACAAAGGAAACAAAAAAUAUCAGUGGCAGGAAGGAGUAAUAAUUAAGAAAAUAGGUACAGUACUCUACGCAGUGUACGUGCCAAGUAUGAACUGUGAAGUAACCAGACACAUAGACCAGAUCCGAAGAAGAAAAACAACAACAACAGAAGGGAACUCUUAUCACAGUAAUUGGAGUCCAGACGUCAUACCAGAUAUAGAACCCGCUGACAGCGACGCGGCAGUGAGUCGUGACGCAACACCCUGUCCGUCACCGUCGCUUGCGGGUGAAUCACAGCUGGAGGAAGAGGGAGAGCCGGAGAGAGAAACUUCUUGUUGUCCAGAGUCGCCACCCCCGGCUGCCGUCAACCCCCGACGGCGAGAACUAACGCCAAUAGUCAAUUCGCCGCCUGCCGCUGACACUUCCAGUCCGAGCCCUGAGCCUGGCCUAGAUCCGUCUGUAGGAACUUCACGUUCGUUUUUCAAUUUCAGUGAUCUUUUUAGUUAAACAAACAAUAAUUUUGUAAUUAAUUGUAAACUAUGUGGGGGAGGGAUUGUUGGAUAUUUUGUGUAUGUGAUUGAGGGUAAACGGUAAUCUUUUAAUAAAACUCAGUGUGACUGUAACCGUGGUAUCAUUCGCAUAU